UAAGAUUCAUCAAUCAAAGCGAAAAACUCCGCUAAAAGUGGCUAGAGGCGAGCCCCUCGUAGUAACAACGUUCGUCCGUGCCAACCAGCCCAGCACACGUUAUGGAACCUGUUUCACCGAGUCCUCAGUCUUCCAUCAAGCUAUCGGAAAAGUUGGGGUGAAGUUACAAAAGCGUCAAAUCUUUUCGUGGGUGAGGAUCAAAACAAAAUCAUUGAAAAAUUCAUCAAAAACUUCCUGUAAAAAUAUGAAGUUAUCACUAUUUAUCAUUAGUAUUAUUUUUGGCAUUGGUUGCUGCAGUGCUUUUCGAUUCAAUGGCCUCGAAUUCUAUGCUCACAUUCUGAAUGGAGACUUUCUGGAUUACAAACCUUUCGGUGGACGUACUACAAAAAUUGAAGAUACCCCGCAAUCGAUCGCAUCAGCUGGUCAAAGUGCUAACUCAUUUCUGGAUUUUAUCACCUACAAGGACAGACGACAUUGUUCGCUAUACGAGGAGCAAGCUUCGGAAGUUGAUGAGCUGAAGGUGACGGAUGCGAAACGGAAAACGCUAAAAGUGAAGUGCGUUCCAGCGAAGGGUAAUGGAACCUUACACAUAAUCACUUCGCUUAAAGAAGUCAUAAGUGUGCUGGCACCGCACGGAAAUUCGACCAAGCGGACGCAGGCCGGGAACUGCGUUGUUAUGUUGUUCUACACCAAGACUUGCAUCCAUAGUGCCAUGAUGGCUCCCCAUUACAAUGCGAUGGCUAGGCACUUCCCUGAUCUGAAGGUGGCUGCCAUCGAUGCUUUCAAUUUUCAUUCACUGAAUACCGAGUUUGGAAUAGUCGGUCUGCCGACAAUAAUGUUUUUCCAUCAGGGGCGACCGCUGGUGAAGUUUAACGACACCGAAAUUACGCUGGAAACAUUGGUUAAAUUUGUGACGAAGCAUAGCGGCGUAGAACCUCGGUUGGCAAAUCACAAGAUGACUAUUAAUGUGCCCCACUACAUUUCGGAAGAUUUUAAAGGACCGCUGUCCAAUAAGGUUGAACGAAAAAUUGAUUACUGGCUUUAUGUGGCCUGGAUUUUUAUUGUUCUGUGCAGUUGCUACUAUUUUUCGAAGUCAGCGUUUUACGUGCAGAUAAUCGAAAUGAUCAAGCGAAACUGGAGGGAGUCGGAAGCGCAUCAUCGUAGUUAGGUAUUUAUGAAUGAGCUACUGCUUGUGAUAGUCAUUAAAUUUCUGUAAAUUAUUCUGUUGAAUUUAAGCUCUAGUAAAUGAAAUGCGAUCUAAAA